GAACGCCGCGACAAAAACUCCGUCGCUGGCUGAAGCAAUGUUUUCACCGGUGGUGGUAGCUUUCCUACUCCGACCCGGCUCCAAUAUGCAAAUCUCUAACCCUAGACACGGCCAUGGUUAAUAAAACUCAUCAUCACUUUCUUCUACCUCUUCUCCUUCCUCAAAGCUAAACUCUCCAAGAUCUUUCUCCGAUGAUCGAAAAAAAAACAAUCAGAUGGGUGACAGCGAAGAUGAAACAGGGUACCCAAAAAAGUUUUACUCUUUGAAUCGACAGAGUCAUCCUAUGUAUAGUAGACCCAUUCCUAAGCGUCACGCGUAUUACCAUGAAGAAGAAGACGAAGAUGAAGUCGAUGGAGACGAGGAAGAGCCACAAGGAGGAGGAGGUUACAGUCGUGGGAAUGAGAGGUUUCAGAAGAGGCAGAAACCAAACAAACCUGUGGCUUCUGGUUACGAUUUUGCUGGACCAAGCGAUGGGAAAGUUGGGUAUGACUGGAGAGAGCAAGAAGCUUUUGUGUUGCUUGAGAUUUGGGGGGAUAGGUUUUUGCAAUUGGGUAGGAGGAGUUUGAGGAACGAAGAUUGGAAUGAAGUAGCUGAGAAAGUGAGUGAGGAGCUUAGGAUGGAGAAGUCCGAGACACAAUGUAGGAGAAUGAUUGAUAACUUGAAGAGGAAGUAUAGGAAAGAGAAGAUUAAGGUUGAGAAAUCUGGUUUAGGUUCGAGUAAAUGGGCGUUUUUUAACAAGUUGGAUAUGUUGCUUUGUGUUUCUCCCAAGUCGGAUUUAGGUUUAGCUUGUGGUGUUGAUUCGGGUGAGUUUGUGUUUAUGAACACUAAGGUGUAUUUGGAUAAGUCGAACGGGUUUGAUGAGAUGAUGGAUAGUCCUGGUGAUUCUGAAGAGGAGGAGGAUGAGGAAGAUGAGGUUGAUUACGAGAGGAAGAAGUUUAAUGACGCUGCUUCGUAUAAGAUGUUGGCGGAUUCCGUUGAGAGGUUUGGGAAGGUUUAUGAGAAGAUGGAGAAGAGUAAGAAGGAUCAAAUGAAGGAGUUGGAGAAGAUGAGAGCUGAUUUUCAGAAAGAUUUGGAGUUGCAGAAGAAACAGAUUGUGGAUCGAGCUCAGAGUGAGAUUGCUAGGCUACGUGAAGAGGAAGAGAACUAUCAUCGUGGUGAUGAUGAGAGUGAAGAUGAGGAAAUGGAGAAUAAUUCUGAUGUGAACCUCAGUGAUGAAUAAAGUUAUAAAACUAUGUAGCUUGUGUUGUUGUUUUAGAUGCAAAGGGUUCUGUUUUUUCUUUUUCUUUUUUUCGUUUUGGGGAAUUCAGAAUUGAUGAGUUUUGUAAUUUGUGUUUAGUCUUUGCGACUUUAUUAAUUUAGCUUAUUUAUUUGCAACUUCCCUUAAAUCAAAGCGUUAAUACAUUUCCA